CCUCUCUCCCAACCAUGUCCGAGUCGGACCACAGCGAGGUCGAGUUUGAGUGCGAGUCGUCGUCGUCUUCGUCGUUUGACAUUGAUAAGCAGCGGUUCCUGGAAGAGGUAGCCAAUGCUCCGGUUGAGGCCCUUGCUCCGCGCAAGCCGUCAUACACCAACGAGGAGGAGGUGAUGGAGGACAAGCGGAAGGAGAUCAUGCUGCCCAAGGAGUGGCCUUGGAUCGAGACGCUUGACGUGACAUCGGCGGUGGCGGCUGAGGAGCUGAUUGGCGACGUGGAGAACGACUUUGCGCGCGAGCAGAUGUUCUACAACCAAGCGUUGGCUGCGGCGCUGCAGGCGCGCAACUACUUUGCGGAGCACAGCAUUCCGGCGAACCGGCCGCACGACUACUUUGCCGAGACGAUCAAGACGGACGCGCACAUGGAGCGUGUCCGCAAGCACCACGUCCAGCAGGAUCUCCGCAUUGCGGCGGUGGAGAAGCGCAAGCGCGAAAAGGUGAUGAAGAAGUUCGGCAAGCGGGUCGAGGCCGAGAAGAUCCAGGAGCGUGCUCUGAAGAAGCGUGCCCAGGCCGAGGUGAUCAAGACGUGGCGCAAGCGCCGGGCCAACGCGCUCGACGACAACGAUGACGUCGAGUUUGAUCUGCAGCUUCUCGACGAGGCCGCUGACGCUGUUGCGGCGCGUGCGGCCAAGAAGCCCAAGCUCGGGCCGAAUGGGCGGCCAAUGGCCAACGCCAAGCGGCGGCACAAGAACGAAAAGUACGGCUUUGGCGGGCGGCAGAAGCAUGCCAAGUCCAACACCAAGGACUCGGUCGACGACUUUGCCUCGGACUUUUCCUCUCGCUCCAAGGGCAAGAUGAUGCGCGGCAUGCCGCAGCGCCUCAGCCGCGGAGCCAAGCCUGCCGGCAAGAAGAAGCCGAGCAAGCGCCAGGGCAAGCGCAGCCGCAAGAACCGCCGGUAAACGUGACGAGUGCGACGGAA